GUCAUGAUUGGAGAAGCUAAUUCCAAUAAAUUUAAAUCAGUUUUCUACAGUGUUGGAAGUAAACCAUUGGAAAUGUGGACUCAGCAUACUUACCUUGCCCACAGGUUUCCAAUGGUCGUGUAUGUCGUAUGACAGAUGAAGAAAUUCAAUCCUAUGUACUGGAAAUAUUAGGGCAAAAUAUAAGUACAACAUAUAUUACUUGCCCAAGUGAUCCUAAAAAGAGUCUUGCUAUUAAAAUGCCAAUACUGGUUAUUGUACUGAAGAAUUUGAAUAAAUAUUUUACUUUUGAAGUUCAGAUUCUUGAUGAUCAAAAUCUAAGACGUAGAUUUCAUGCAAGUACUUGUCAAAGUGCUACACUGGUUAAACCAUUUGCUUGUAUGAUGCCAAUGAAACUUGAUGAUGGAUGGAAUCAAGUACAGUUCGAUUUAGCUGAUUUUACACGAAGAGCCUAUGGUACUACAUAUGUGGAAACAGUGAAAUUAAGUAUUCAUGCUAAUUGUCGACUACGUCGAGUAUAUUUUUGUGAUCGUAUCUAUUCAGAAGAUGAAUUACCCAAAGACUAUAAACUCUAUCUUCCUAUACAUCCUACAUCGGCUAGACGGACUCCUCCUCUACGUCCCUCGUCAAAUAAUCGUCAACGUUUGACAAAUUCACGCAGUACAACUUCAUUAAAUCGUUGAACAACGUGAAGAGAGAAAUAUACUUUUUGCUUCAUCUAUUUACAUACAGAUUAAAAUGUGUAUUCUAUUCAUUAAGCUUUGCUCAUAAUAAUAAUAACAUCAAUAAGAUGGCAUGUUUUCUUUUUUGUUGACAACAAAAGUAACAAUGACAAUAAUAAUAAUUCGAAUGCAGAUGGAUGACCUACUUAUUUGAUAUUUUUUAUUUCUAUUUAAUGUUAUUUGUUUUUUUCUUUUGUCUUCUCACUUUAUAUACAUAUACAUAUACACUUUCACAAUUUCAUCUCAAGAGUAUGUUGUUUUGUAGUUCAAUGCAUUUAAAAUUGAUCAUGUUUUUGUUUCAUUAAAACAAAAAUAUCGCACAUUGUUAUUCAAACAUUUUGAUUGAUAUAUAUCUAUACUAUACUAUAAUUAUUUUUCUAAUUAAAUCUAGUUUAUACACACAUAUAUGCAUAAACUCUUGUUAUUCUGAACAA